AUGUCUGACGCCAACUCCUUUCCCGGGCUACCUCAGGUUUUUAACUUCAUCAAGAAUAUAUUUUCACACGCUCUUCGAAGUUCAGAUAAUGUCCCCCAGCAUGUUGGUUUGAUCAUGGAUGGUAAUCGGCGGUGGGCAAAACGAAAGCAUGUCGAGAUAAAGGAAGGACACAAUGCCGGCUUUCAUAGCAUGGGCCGAGCUCUCGAGCUCUGUUACGAGGCCGGUGUGAAAACUGCGACAGUCUUUGCCUUUUCAAUAGAGAAUUACAAAAGAAGUGCGGCAGAGGUAGACUCACUGAUGAACUUGGCCAGAAGUGGCAUUAAGCAGGUUGUUCAAAACGGAGAUAUGGCUGAAAAAUUCGGAAUAAGAAUUAAGAUUAUUGGAGACCGCCGGCUUUUAUCUGAUGAUGUGAUGCGCGAAGUUGAAACCGCUGAAGAAAUUACGAAAAAUAACAAAAGAGCGGUGCUGAACAUUUGCUUUCCUUAUACAGGGCGCGAUGAGCUUUUGCAUAGCAUCAAAACUAACGUUAAUAGAGCCUUGGCUGAAGAGAUCGAAGGAAGCGAAAUCGAUGAGGAUCAGAUCGAUGAGUACUUGUACACAGCGGGAUCACCGCCCCUGGACCUAUUAAUCAGAACGAGCGGUGUGACACGUUUGAGUGACUUCUUACUUUGGCAAGUGAGCCGAAGAGGAGUAGCUAUCGAGUUCGUUGAUUGCCUAUGGCCUGAUUUUGGGUCUCGCCAAAUGGCAUGGAUCCUGCUCAAAUAUGCAUAUAAUCGAAGCUCCCGCGCCCAUGCACAUGACCUCGAUUUCGAAGAAGAAACCGAUGGCGGUGUAACGACAAACCGUGACAAAAAGAAGAACUAG